AUGAAGCAGUGGAAGAAGAACUUUGGACUGGCGCAGCGCGCGAUGACGCUGCCGCCGGACACAGCAGGCAUCGACACGCGGGAAGAGUUAGCAGCACGGCGAAAAUGCGGGAAGGAUGGUCAAGAAGACGCAGGAAGGGGAGAGUCAGAAGAUUGCCCUACGUGGUGGCCGGGAAGAUCAUCCACCCGAGUAUGGUGGUUUCCAGCACCCAACGAAGGAAGGAAGAGAGCGGCGCAGCGCGAUGAUGAAGAAGAAAUCAGGGAGGAGAUCGACCUGACGCAAGCGGAUAGCGACGACAAGGAACCAGCCAACGGAACGCGGGACUGGAUACUGCAGAAACAUAAAGUGAGGCAACAGGUACCGUGGCCGACGGACGUCAGGCGUGUUACUAUGAUGCAGAACCCCUACAAGAUCUCCUUUAACAUACCUGGCGCACGAGAGGAAAAAUGCGGAUGUGAAGGACGAUGCGAGAUCGCGACGUGUCCGAACGCGGCGGAGAAGCAGGUAUGUGAGACUGUUACGUGCACGCCAGGCGCGAAAGCGUGCGACAACCGGUUCCGACAGCGACGCCUGGAGUUGAAGAUGACACGCACGGGAAUCGGCGUGGUGGCGACGCGGCCCAUACCAGCAGGAGAUGUGGUCUGCCAAUAUUAG